GCUCGCGGCAAGUCCCAGCGUCGCUGCCAAGAAGCGAAUGGAGGUUCGGCGUUCUCUGAACAUCGAACCCCAGGAACCUCCCACUUCCAGUCGUGCACGCAGAGGUACAGGGUACCGUCAUGCUGUGCAGAAAUGGCCAACUUCAUCGUUGACUGGACGAAGCCACAAGUUGGUCAUUCCAGCCGAGUCACCGCACAAGAAGUUUGUACUGCUCAUCGGUGACUCCCACCUUCGAAGCUUUGCUGAUGGUUUUGGGGAGAUGCCAGAGGGGGGCCUGUCCUUCGGUGUACAGUCGACACCAGGGGCCACUGCUGCUGAGCUGACGACAGAGGUGGUGCACGCUGCUUUGCCACGUACACCUGCCACUAGGGAUGCUGAGCCCUCUGCCUUGAAAAGCUCCCAGAAAGCUCCUCCCCGCAAGCAGCCCGCCUCCCCUCAUCCCCCAAGCUGCCUGGAGGGCGGGGGCAACCACGCUGCUGUUGGGACGAAAAUGGUGACUAAAACAAAAACUGUGUGCAAGUAUUGCCUUACAACUAUACCGUACAUCACGGGCAACACGACCAACAUGACCACUCAUCUCCGCCGCCAUCACCCAGACAAGUCAUCUGCGAGCGGGGCAGAGGACAAGUGUAUCGUUGCAUCCCUACCUGCCACUGUCUGUCUGCUCGCCCCCAGUAACAACCUCACGGCCAGCAGAACCAUCGAACAUGCUUCUGCAGACUUUGGCAAACUUCUUGCCAUAGUCUGCGCCAACUACAAAAACGUUGUCGUGGUGGACUUUCCUCCACGCCUGAACAUUGAUGUGCAGCUACAACAACUCUUCAGGGAAGAGUACCAUCGUGUGGCUGCACGUAUGGUGUGAAGCACUUCUCUGCUGUGGACUACUUUCCAACUGGCCACCUUGACUUGUGGAGCAGGGAUGGUGUACACUUGUCUGACACUGGGGGAAUGCCUAUCCUGGCGCAGUUGCUGUGGCAUGCUUCCUACAUGGCUCUUCAGCCACCAGCACCAAAGCCACAGGCGCCACCCAGGUCACACCAGACCAGCUCCCUGCCCAGAGUAGUCAUGAGAGGUCUGGUCACCCAACCCAGUCUUAUCAGCCAACCCCUUUGAAUGGACGGUUGUUAGCCGUGGG